AAGUUUCAAGGCACGAAGAUGGUGGCCGCGAAGAUCAGAAGGGUAGCCGUAAUUGGCGCCGGUCCUUCAGGAGCGAUCACAGUAGAUGCACUGGCUCGAGAGGAGGUAUUCGAUCAAAUUCGUGUUUUUGACAGGCAGGAAGGUCCAGGAGGAUUUCCAUUGACCAAUUUCUCAGAGCUUGCCACAAGAACGGCAGAUCAGCCAGUAGAAUUGCCAGCACAGGUUCCAGGUCAUACCUCAAGGAGCACUCAGCCACGCUGGACAGACUCGUCAAUCUAUCCUUAUCUUGAGACCAAUGUUGAUGUGGUCACCAUGGAGUACACUCAAGAACCUAUCGUCGGAGAGCUUUCUGCACGAACGAUCGAGCUGCAUGGUAAAAAAUCACCUUUCCGGCAUUGGACUGUCAUGAGAGAUUAUGUGACCAGUCUAUUCAAACGUAAUGGCUACGAAGAUCUCGUAUGCUACAAUACUCAUGUUGAAAGAGUGGAGAAGGUUGGUGAUGAAUGGAAAGUCACCCUGAGGAGAGAGGAAGACGAAAAUGAUUAUUGGUGGGUUGAGUGGUUUGACGCCGUCAUUGUCGCAAGCGGACAUUUCAAUGUGCCUUAUGUCCCAUCUGUACAGGGUUUGGAAGAGCUCGAGAACCAACAUCCUGGCAGUGUUUUACACAGCAAGAUGUACCGCGGCCGAGACGCUUACAAAGGCAAGCGUGUUGUUGUGGUUGGCGGUUCAGUCUCUGCAGCCGAUAUCUCCACCGACCUCGUUGGCGUGGUAGAUUCUAAGGUCUAUGCAGUUGUCAACGGCCAUACCAUCAACGUGUACUUUGGAGACGGCGCAUUCAACAACCCUGGAGUUACCAGAAAGCCAACCAUCUCGCAUAUUGAUACCUCAGCAGGUCAACGCACUGUACACUUCAUUGACGGUACAUCAGUACAAAACGUUGACCACAUUAUUUUUGGCACUGGAUACUCCUGGAGUCUCCCUUUCCUGCCAGAUGUCAAGAUCAGAAACAACAGAGUACCUGGACUAUAUCAGAAUGUUGUCUACCAACAGGACCCAACACUCUUAUUUGUUGGCGCAGUUGGAGCUGGGUUGACAUUCAAGAUUUUCGAGUGGCAAGCUGUACUCGCAGCAAGAUUGCUGGCUGGACGUGCUAAACUGCCGCCUCUUGAAGAACAACAGCAAUGGGAGGCAGAACGCGUCAAGAAAAAGGGAGACGGUCCUGCGUUCAAUGUCAUUCAUCCUGACUUCGAGGAAUAUUUCGAAACUGUAAGGACUCUGGCAGGCNCCGGGCGUAAAGGAAAAGGACGACCUCUACCACCUUACAAGCCUGAGUGGUUCGAUGCGUUCAUGAACGGUCACGAAUUGCGAAAGCAGAUGUGGGCCAGAAAGAAUGCUGCUUUUUCAGAGAACGUUCAAUCAAAAUCUAGACAAACCGAUCCUCCGGCUUGUCCUUCUCUUCACAGCUUCACU